GGAAACUGAGGCUUGGUGAAGUUACGAAACUUGUCCGAAGUCACACAGCUUACUGUAAAGGGCACAGCCAAGAUUCAGAGCCAGGUUGUAAAAAUUAAAAUGAAUAAACUACGGCAAAGUUUUAGGAGAAAGAAAGAUGUUUAUGUUCCAGAGGCCAGUCGUCCACAUCAGUGGCAGAAAGAUGAAGAAGGGGUUCGUACUAGAAAAUGUAGCUUCCCAGUGAAGUACCUUGGCCAUGUAGAAGUUGAUGAGUCAAGAGGAAUGCACAUCUGUGAAGACGCUGUAAAAAGAUUGAAAGCUACUGGGAAGAAAGCAGUUAAGGCAGUCCUGUGGGUGUCAGCAGAUGGACUGAGAGUUGUGGAUGAAAAAACUAAGGACCUCAUAGUUGACCAGACAAUAGAAAAAGUUUCUUUCUGUGCUCCGGAUAGAAACUUUGAUAGAGCCUUCUCUUACAUAUGUCGUGACGGCACUACUCGGCGCUGGAUCUGUCAUUGCUUCAUGGCUGUCAAGGACACGGGUGAGAGAUUGAGUCAUGCAGUAGGCUGUGCUUGUGCAGCCUGUUUAGAAUGAAAACAGAAGCGGGAGAAGGAAUGUGGAGUGACUGCUACUUUUGAUGCCAGUCGGACCACUUCUACAAGGGAAGGAUCAUUCCGUGUCACCACAGCCACAGAGCAAGCAGAAAGAGAGGAGAUUAUGAAACAAAUCCAAGAUGCCAAGAAAGCUGAAACAGAUAAGACAGUUGUUGGUUCAUCAGUGGCUCCUGGCAACACUGCCCCAUCCCCGUCCUCUCCCACUUCACCCACUUCGGAUGCCACUGCCUCUCUGGAGACGAACAAUCCUCAUGCCAUCCCUCGCCGGCAUGCACCCAUUGAACAACUUGCUCGCCAAGGUUCUUUCCGAGGAUUUCCUGCUCUUAGCCAGAAGAUGUCACCCUUUAAACGCCAACUACCCCUGCGCAUCAAUGAGUUGCCUUCCACUAUGCAGAGGAAGACUGAUUUCCCCAUAAAAAAUGCAGUGCCAGAAGUAGAAGGGGAGGCAGAGAGUAUCAGCUCCCUGUGCUCGCAGAUCACCAAUGCCUUCAGCACACCCACUGAGGAUCCCUUCUCAUCUGCCCCAAUGACCAAACCAGUGACAGUGAUAGCACCACAGUCUCCUGCUUUUCAAGGGACCGAGUGGGGUCAAUUUUCUGGUGCUGCAUCUCCAGGUCUCUUCCAGGCUGGUCACAGACGCACUCCCUCUGAGGCUGACCGCUGGUUAGAAGAGGUUUUGUCCCCACAGGCUCUGUGGGGAUGGAGAUUCUGGCUUAAUAGCUGUGUGUGAGUCGGUCCCCCAACCUGUGGAGAGAACACCGUUGCCAGUUGUAGCCACUUGACUUCUGGUAACAACGUGAGAUCCCAUCUCAUUUUUACUUUUGAACGUUGGCCUUACAAUCAAAUGUAAGUUAUAUAUAUUUGUACUGAUGAGAAUUUAUAAUCUGCUUUAACAAAAAUAAAUGUUCGUGGUAGAAAAAA